GAAAUGUGUCUAUAAUAUAAUACAAAUCUAAGCCUUUCGCCGUUUUGUUCCAACACUAUCACGACCACCGGUUUUAGUCCAUGGAAGGGAUUUCUUUUCUUUGCCUUCGUGACGUUUACGUUUACGUUCUUCAGAUUUCUUGACUGCUUUGUUACCUCCUUGAGCACGUAAGACUUCUUUUUGAGCUUCUUCAACGCGUUUACGUUUCUCAGAAUCUUUGAGGUAGUAAGCCUUUUUACCUUCUCCUCUCUUAUCACGCUCCUCUUUCUUGAUUUUUCUGAGUGCUUCCUUUUCAAUAUCCUUCUUUUGAGAAGUCUUGGCUUGGGAGCUCAUGCGCUGUAUUUCAUGAGUCAACCUAUCCACUUCUGCUUGGUGUUCUUCGAUCAAGUAUGUUUUGUCUUCUGAUUGACCAGGUAGAGAGCGUGCUCUACGGAUAUUUAGCUGUGCCGCCUUGAGUUGUUCCUUUGCUUCUGCUACUUCCUUUGAUAGAGAGCCCUUCAAGAAUGAGAAUGACUUUUCGAAGAGAUCUUGUGAGAAGUUACCGCUAAGGGAGAGAAAACGUGGAUCGCGUGAUCUGAUUUUAUCGACUUCUACAACUUCUCUCUUUCUGCUCGUUGGUCUCUUGCUGGUGACUUCAGUUGGUGCGUGUUUGUUGGCUCUCUUUUGUAACUCUUUACGCUCCUUUUCUUUGUUAUCUUUUCCUUUAGACUGCUGUUUCUCCCAAAGUUCCUCUUUGGCUUUGGCUAUCGCUUCGGCUCUCUUUGAUUUGCGCUUGUCUGCCUCUUCGUUGUCGUUGCUGUCGUCUAAACGGGAGGAAGCCUCUGCAAGUGCUGAGAGUGGUAGAGAGUUGUAUUGUGCCUCUACGUCAUCGAUAUCUUCUUCCUCGUUGGAUGAGGCAGCUGAAGGAAUUUCACUAGAUCCAUCUUCAUUCUCGUAGUCAUCCUCUAUUUCCUCACCCCCGAUUCUCUGUCUAUCCGCCUCAAAUUCGUCCUCCUCUUCCAAAUCCUCAUCAUCUAGGUAUUGUGCAACGGGCGUAUGAUCAAUAUCAGUUGACUGCACAAUAUCAUCAUCAUCAUCUGAGUCAUCCUCGUAUAACGCCUUUUUUGGUUUUUCCUCAAUUUCUGUCAUUUUGAUCGUUUCAAUAAAACGUUCAAGAUCUAAACUGUGAAGAUAAAAAUGGAAGAAAAUGUUUACAAUUCUGAUACUCAGCAAGCUAUAUCUGAGCAGCUAGAAUCACUCACACAGGGGUUGGCAAAUGAUGACGCAGCUCAAGAAGAGCAACAAGAAGAGCAUUAUCAGCCACCUUUCCUCCGUGAUGAACAUUCUGAGGAUCCUAAUGAAACUUACAAAGACGCUCAACAAACUCUAGAAGACGUCGCUCAGAGUGACGAUCAACAAGUUGUAGCAGCACCUAAUUUACCUAACAUUUCUAUUACGCCUACGCCUACACCACCAAUACCGGCUGCUGUCAACACUGACGUGAAAUCAUCCCAAUUACCUCCUUUGCCCGUACCAAAGGAUAGAAAAGAGAGCCUUGAAAUGCAGAUUCAAAAGGAUGAGCGUGACGUUGAUUCUUGGCUAGAUUUGAUUAGUUAUUUGGAUAGCCAAGGUCGUAACCUCGUAGGUGACGAGUUGGAAUCUUGGUGGACAGAGUAUACCAGAGUAUACGAUAACUUCUUUAAGAUUUGGCCCUGUGCUGUGAAACAAUGGCAGAAUUAUAUCGAUAAAUGCCUCAGUUUGACUCCACCGAGAAUGAAAAAAGUGGAAGAGAUAUUCAGUAAAGCGUUGAAACAGACGCCUUCACCUGAAUUUUGGUCGAGUUAUUUGAACUACAUCCGUCGUAACAACCAAGGCGCAGAAGGUAGACAGAUUGUUAUCAAAGCAUACGAGUUUGCCAUCUCACACGUUGGACAAGAUAAAGAUUCUGGCGAGAUUUGGCUCGGCUACAUUAGAUUUUUGAAGGAUGGUUCAGCGACGAACACAUGGGAGGAACAACAGCGAAUGGAUGCACUCAGAAGAACUUAUCAGAGGGCCGUCGUCAUCCCAAUUCAGAAUUUGGAAGCCAUUUGGAGAGAAUGGGAUUCAUUUGAAGGUUCAUUGAAUAAGGUUACAGCAAAAAAAUUCUUAGCAGAUAAGUCACCUGCUUACAUGACUGCAAGAUCAGCUCUCAGAGAAAUCAGAAGCUUGACUGAUCCACCGAUCAGUCUGUUCCAUAUCGAUGGCACCCUCGCAAAGGUUCCUAGCUGGACAGAGAGGGAACGUCAAGUGAUAAGUGCCUGGAAGCGUUACCUCGCAUGGGAAGAAGGUAAUCCAUUGGAGCUUGACGAUAAUAGUGCAAAACAUAGUAGAGUAUCAUAUGCAUACAAGAAAGCAUUGGUAUAUAUGCGUUUCUACCCAGAAUUCUGGUACCGUGCAUACAUGUCACACAAGUCAAUGGGUAAAGACGAAGAGGCUAUAAGUCUCCUCAAACAAGGCAGUGAAGCCAAUCCUGAGAGCUAUCUUCUAUCAUUCGCUUUAGCUGAAGUUGAAGAAAUUAACCACCGUUACAAAGAAGCACAUGAUAUAUUGAACAAUUUACUCACGUCCAUCAUCAACCAAACCAAAGAGAUUGAAAAUGGUAUUUUACGCCAACAAGCAGAAUUGAACAAUCAAUUGCCAAGUAUAGAGCAACAGGCUAAUGCUUCACAAGCAGCUGGCGAAAAUGAAGGCGAAGUCAGAGAGAAGAGACGUCUCGCUGAAGAUGAGAUCAAUACCAAGAAGGAAGCGAUCAGCAAAGCGAAAGCAAAAGAUAUUGAAGACCUUUGUAAAGGUGCUGGAUUAGUUUGGGUGAUGAAAAUGAGAUUGGGUAGAAGAACCGAAGGUAUCAAGGCCGCGAGAGCUGUAUUCAAGGAAGCUCGUUCAUCGCCAUACUGUACUUGGCAAGUAUUCGAAGCUGGAGCUAUGAUGGAAUACCACAGCUCAAAAGACUCCUCUGUUGCAACAAAGAUAUUCGAGCUUGGAUUGAAGCGCUUCACGACAGAGAUUGACUACGUUAUUAAGUAUUUGGAUUUCUUGAUUAACAUUAACGACGAAGGAAACGCACGCGCAUUGUUUGAGAGGAUAGCACCAAGUCUUCCAGCCGAUAAAGCCAGACCACUCUGGACACGCUGGGCAUCCUACGAAUACUUCUACUCAGAUCUACCAAGUGCAUUAAAACUCGAGCAAAGAUUAGCAGACACUUUCCCAGACGAACAACCACUGAGGAGGUUCGCAGAGAGACACACUCACCAGCGUAUUGAUAAGAUCGCGACGAAUGACCUUGGCUAUGGUGUCAAGCCACCUACAGCGCCUAUGAAGAUUGUAGAAGCUACUGCUGCGUCUGCAGCAACUAAACGGCCACCAGUUGACCUUGAAGAAGAGCGUAACAAGCGUAUGAGGAAGGAUCCACCAUCUGGUAGAAAUUCAAGGCAGACGUCACAACAGGGUCUUCCACAGCCUCCACAUCGCAACACACCUGUACCGAAUGUACAGAUUGGAGGUGCACCAAUACAUCUUGGAGGAGGUAGACCUGCACCAGUUGCAAUGAUGCCACCUAGACCGGCUGCUAAAGACCCCGUCGGUAUUUUCUUACAACAGUUGCCUCAAGCUAGGUACUUUGAUGGACCGAUGAUAAAUACAGAAGAUAUUUUGUUCGCCUUUAGGCACAUAAAUUUACCACCAGUUUAAAUUAUUUCAUCUUGUAGAUAUAAACUUCCUUGAAGAAUGCCAUCAAGUAAAC